ACUUUUCGCAAUCUUAGAAGAAUCCUUGGGCGCGCAAUGUGCUGGAAUUAUCGACCGCAAUCCAGAGCAUUCUUCCAGUGGGCCAAUCAAACAUGGUCGGUAUGAUGCUAUUCCACGGGGCCAUACAUACGACUCCUCCACUUAGACGAGCAGGAUGACAUUCUGCCUCAGCUUACGGAUCGUAUGAACGAGACGAUGAUGCCUUUCUUUUGAUCCUGAUGAUACUGAUGACUCGAUUCCAUGAUGAAGCAAUUGAUUUGGCUCACUUCCAUGUCCUCAAGAACUGUCAAUCUGGACUCUUUGACGCAAGGAGCAUUGCCCCUUUUCACCGUCUGUAUCUUACCGUACAUAGGUACCGAGUGGUAAUCUCCUACUGUCAGUUCCGUCGCUGUCAGUGCCCGCGUCGUUGCUUUUUCCCUCCUGAAGGCUUAGAGAAUCCAGUAGCUUUAGAGCUGAUCUUCAAAGAACCGUACCUUUAUUGUAGAUCAAAGUACAGUCUUGCAAUCGAUCGUCCAUCGCUGCUAAGCUUAUUCUCUGCUCCACCAUACAGCAGACUUGAGCAACGUCCCCUGCUGGUCCUGGCCCGGUGGCCAUCCGAUCGUCGACAGCUACUCCACAUAUCUGGUACUUGGACUUGGGGCUUACUCCGUACGGAGUACAGCUUACAGAUUACAGUACGGAGUACGGAGAACUCUGGGUUGUUUUUCCCGUACAACAGAGAAUGCGAUCCUUCAAAAGACGACUCGUACUUGUCGACUUUACCACAGCGAUUGAUGCUUAUCGGCCAAUCAUCGUUAAGGUGAUCUCUUCGAUCGAUGUGGUCGUACCGCAUGACAGAUACCCAGAUACCUUACGGACUCUCCAUAGAACCGUGGAAUGCUUAGAACAAUGGGGCAAAAUUGAGUGGCACUGGGUAGACCGGUAGUCUCCAGUCUAGUCUAAGAUACAGUUAACCUGGUUCUUGGUUCGUUUAUGGCCUUCUCCUUGGACUUGCUUGGAGAGCCCUGUCAACCACGUUGUUGAUGAUCGGUCCCAGUCCCUCUUUUGACUGAGGGUCGAUUAUUAUUAGCCAGGAGAUAUCUCCCUUCGACCUAUCUCUCUCUCUGUAUCUAUUCUUAUUCCUUGUGAGAUGAUAGUGCCUACUUUCUUUUUUUUA